AUGGGACUGGUCAAACUGGGGUGGGAUUGGUCAGGGGACCGGGCAGCCCAGUGCACCAGUAAGCUGGGCUCGUACCCGCGGCUGCGGGAGGAGACGGAGCGGAUCGUGAGCACGCACAUCCGGGAGCGCGAGGGGAGAACCAAGGAUCAGAUCCUGCUGCUGAUCGACAUCGAGCUCUCCUACAUCAACACCAACCACGAGGAUUUCAUCGGAUUCGCCAACUGUUUCACUGAGCAGCCCCCGGCCUCCGGCGCCCAGCAGCGGAACACCCAGACCAACAAGAAGAGAGCGAUCCCAAACCAGGGGGAGAUCCUGGUGAUCCGGAGGGGGUGGCUGACCAUCAACAACAUCAGCAUCAUGAAGGGAGGAUCCAAGGAAUAUUGGUUCGUGCUGACGGCAGAGUCGCUCUCCUGGUACAAGGAUGAGGAGGAAAAGGAGAAGAAGUACAUGCUCCCUUUGGAUAACCUGAAAAUCCGGGAUGUGGAGAAGGGAUUCAUGUCCAACAAACACGUCUUCGCCAUCUUCAACACCGAGCAGAGGAAUGUGUACAAGGAUCUGCGGCAGAUCGAGCUGGCCUGCGAUUCCCAGGAGGACGUGGACAGCUGGAAAGCCUCGUUCCUGCGGGCGGGGGUGUAUCCCGAGAAGGAUCAGACGGAGAGCGAGGAGGGGGCGCAGGAGAACACCUUCUCCAUGGAUCCGCAGCUGGAGCGGCAGGUGGAGACCAUCCGGAACCUGGUGGAUUCCUACGUGGGGAUCAUCAACAAAUCCAUCCGGGAUCUGAUGCCAAAGACCAUCAUGCACCUCAUGAUCAACAACACCAAGGAUUUCAUCCACUCGGAGCUCCUGGCUUUCCUGUACUCGUGCGGUGACCAGAACAGUCUGAUGGAGGAGUCGGCGGAACAGGCGCAGCGCCGCGACGAGAUGUUGCGCAUGUACCACGCGCUGCGCGAGGCGCUGGCCAUCAUCGGCGACAUCAGCACCAGUACAGUCAGCACGCCGGUACCGCCGCCCGUGGAUGACACCUGGCUACAGCCGGCGCACAGCCCCCCCGCCCAGCGCCGCCCGCCCUCGGCUCUGCUCCCCCCGGGCCGCCCCCCGUCCCUUCGGGCCCCGGGGCCGCCGCUGCUGCCCCUGCCCGGGGGGGCCCCGGCCGCGCCCCCCAUCCCAUCCCGCCUGGGCCCCUUCGGCAGCGCCAGCGAUCCCUUCCCGGCCCCGCCCCAGAUCCCAGCCCGGCCCGCGCGGAUCCCGCCCGGAAUCCCGCCCGGAGUGCCCAGGAGGCCCCCGGCGGCCCCGAGCCGCCCGACCAUCAUCCGCCCGGCCGAGCCCUCCCUGCUGGAUUAACGUGGGAUCCACUGGAUCACCCCCGGCCCUCCCCCGCGGGGACACGGGGACAGCCCGGCCCCGCCCCCCAGGGCUGAGCCUGAUCCCGAUCCCGAUCCUGGGGCUGAUCCCGGAUCCUGGGGCUGAUCCUGGUCCUGGGG